UUUUAUUGUUUUUUUACUAUCAAACAAUGGUGUUCAAAAACGUCUAAGUAUUUGAGCAAUUCUAAUUUAAGUAUAUUGUAUAAUAACUGAAUAUUGUUUAAUAUAGGUACAUGAAUCCAAAAAUUAAUACCUUUUUUACUAAACAAGUAACCUUUUUUCUGUACCCACAAUUUUAAUUAUUAUUUGAUAUCGAAUAUCUAACACUUAUUUAUAAAAAUGUCAAAAGUUGUGGUUGUCGGUUCGUGUAGUACAGAUUUAUUUUUCUACACGUCAAAGUUACCCAAUCCGGGACAGACCAUACAUGGUAAACAAUUUUCUAUUGACUUUGGGGGUAAAGGGGCCAAUCAGUGUGUUGCUGCUCAAAAUUUGGGUGCCGAUACUGUAUUUAUUGGCUGUGUUGGAGAAGAUCUUUUUGGAGAAGACAUAUUAAAUAAUUUUAAAAAAUGUGGCGUGGACACUCGUUACAUUGUGAAAAAACCAAAUGUGGAUACGGGAGUUGCUCAAAUAAAUGUCACUGACGACGGAGAAAACUACAUCAUCAUCGUUGCUGGAGCUAAUGGAACUUUACAAAAGGGCGACGUAGACAAAGCAGAAAGCGUGUUACUAAAUGAAACCGGCGUUGUGUUGUUUCAGUUUGAGACACCGUUAGAAACUACCGAGUACUUGCUAAAUAAAAUUUCUACGAUUAACAGUAAAUGUUGUAAAAUUGUAAAUGGAGCACCGGCUUAUUCAAAUUUACAAAAAGAAAUUCUUCAAUUGGCCGAUAUAUUUUGUGUAAACGAAUCGGAGGCAGAGAUUUAUACAAAUGAAAUAAUUAAAAUUGAUAGCAUUGAAUCGGCCAACCAAGCUUUGUCUUUACUUUUAAAACAAGGAUGUAACACCGUAAUUAUAACCUUAGGACCUUUAGGUGCAGUGUUUGCUUCAAAAGACGCACGCGAACCUCAAUGGGUACGCUUGCCAAAAAUUGAAAAUCCCAUUGAUACAACUGGUGCUGGAGAUGCCUUUAUCGGAGCAUUAGCUUAUUUUAUUGUGCAUAAGCCAAAUCUUAAUUUAUAUGAAAAAAUUAAGAGAUCUUGUGCUAUCGCUACGGUUACUGUACAACAUAAGGGUACACAAAAAAGUUUUCCGCUGAGAAAUGACUUGCCAAAUAAGCUUUUCGAUUAAAUAUUUUUAAUUGUAUCAAGUAUAUAAUAUAUUUAUACUAUUAGUUUAAUUUUAUUUUAUUUUUAAAUGCAUGUUACUGUUUUAUCUACAUAUAUACUGAUAUUAAAAUAGAAGU